UUUGUCAGUGUUAUUACGUGCUGUUAAAGUUUGCGUCAGUAAGUACUCCGCGGUCCAAAGGGGGCGCGUUACCGACGAGCUCCUGGCCGCUUGCGUAAAAAAAAAAGAAUUUAAAAAGUGAACGAGUGCGUCUGUGGUGGAAAAAGUUUAAAAAUGGAAUGCGCGCCAUUUUUUAUUCGAUUUGAAUAAAAGUUUUGUUUACGAGUGUUAUUUAGAAGUGCAAAUGGUUUUAAUAGUAUUUCUACUGUGAUAUUUUAAAAUAAUAGUAUAAAUGACCCGUACAGAGCAACAUGGCUACACCAUCACAAAGAAAAAGGAUAAAUUUUAUCGUUUUAUUAAUUUUAUAUGGAACAGCUGAUGUUGACUGCAGUCUACCGGUUGAUCUCGCUGGGGAGGAAAAAGUGCUACCUCCAACAACCUUACCACUAACUUCGCCAUCAUCAAGCGUGACCACAGUCAACAUUUCGACUUCAACCUACGUCACAGCGAUCCCGCCAAUACCGCCGAGCGAUAGAGACAGGUUCCUAACCUUCGCGGAGUCGGGACACCAUCAGACCUUCAUGUUCGCUAAGGAUAAUACGUUUAUACAGCUGGAUGGGGAUAUUAUACAGAGGUUUCAAUUGAGAUUAUGCAGAGAAAUAUCAUUCAAGUUCCGAACACGACUUCCACAUGGCUUACUUGUGUAUCAUAAUGUAAAGAAUCCAGUAUUUAAGAUGCAGCCUUAUGCUCUAUACGUCAUCGUGGAAAAGGGUGAAUUAAAAGUGGUCCAUGUUUUCGGCAAGCAUCUAACUUCAGUAACCGUUGGAAGAGCUUUGAACAGAGACCAAUGGCACAGCGUGGUUGUAACUAUUGAUGUGCAUGGAGCAAGGCUUAUUGCUAAAGUGGAUCAUCUUAAAGAAGAAGUCUAUUUGAAGGGCUUAAGUUUCGACACAAAUUACGGAAUCACUGCUAAUUUGACGUCCGUUAUUCUUAUCGGAGGUCUUAGUUCCGAAGAAAAACUUCACGGCGUAAAAUACAUAAUAGAAUCUUUCGUCGGCUGCAUCAGCGAUAUGGUCCUUUCAUCUGGCAAGGCAGCCUCCGACUUGCUACCCAUAGUGCCUUUAAUUGCUACCAAACAUGAGAACGUUAAAGAGGGUUGCAUAGAUAAGUGCAGGACUAUGGAAAACCUUUGCUUUCAAGGCUCCAGGUGUAUUAAUGAGUAUAAUGGAUACAGAUGCGAUUGCUUCGGAACUUUGUAUGAAGAACAUCUGUGUGAUGUUUUCACGGCGACAGUCCUAACACUCCGCGGGUCGAGCUACGUGUCGUACCGCGUGUACGACUGGAAGGAUCGCGUGCACUCCACCAGCACAAGGGUCAGCCUGCACUUUAAGACUAGAUUCGACGAUUCAGCUCUAUUCUACGCCAGCGGACAAAUAGACGACAAACACCAUUACAUAGCCUUAUCAAUCCACGAUGAAAAAGUCGCCAUACAAAUAGAUUUAGGAGACGGACCGGUUGAAGACUAUUUAGGGGAGAAAAUUAACAACAAUAUGUGGCACAAUCUCACCGUCAUACUACAAGACCAGACCAUAUACGUGUAUCUUGAUAGCACAACAGAGACUUACGAAGUACCAGGAAACGCUCGUUACUUGUGCAUUGAUCCAGAAAUCUACAUAUGCGGCGGUCCGGAUUUACACAAAAUGAAAGGAUUGAAGUCGUUCAACAAUUUCGCUGGCAACUUGAAAUACGUUUAUUACAAUGACGUGUCAAUUUUGUACGAGUUGAAGCAAAAUAACCCUAAAGUCCACUACAUAGGGGUGCUUGAUCCUGAGUUUGAGGACAUAGACAUUGAGGUGAUUCCGAUUACGUAUCCUUUCGCGACGUCCCAUAUUUGGUGGCCGCUGAAUCAGAGCCACACUGUCAAUUUAAAGUUUGAUUUUAAAACCAGCAAGAAUAUGGCCGUAUUGGCUUACAGUCAGACAUCAACACAAGGUUACUGGGAGGUAAGGAUGGUGAAAGAAGAGAUAAGAUUCGAGUUAGUAUCAGACGUUGGCAAAAACGUGACCUCUGUCAAUUUGAAAUCCGUGAAGUUCAAUGUAAGCAAUGAUUGGCACAACGUCGAGUUGGAUUACAGGAAAGGAAGGAUCAAAAUGACGGUGGAUCAUCAUAAUAAGCACGUACAGAUGUUUGGUCUAGAUUUCGAGCUACAAGACAAAAUCGUUAUAGGCAGUGGACUGAAAUCAGCUAACUUAGGUCUAAUUGGAUGCAUGAGGAACAUAAGGAUUAAUGGCAUGCUAAUUGAACCGAGACUCGUGAUAAUGACUGAGCGAGUGGUCGGUGAAGUGGCUAUAGACGACUGUAGAUAUGUAGACCCUUGUACCAGACCCAAUACUUGUGAACAUGGAGGAAUAUGUUCGGUUAGAGAGGAUCGGGUCAUUUGCAAUUGUGAUAAUACUGGUUACAUAGGUGAAAACUGUCACUUUGCGACUUUCCGCAAGACCUGUGAAGAGCUAGCGCUACUUGGCUACACAAGAAAUGACGUCUAUCUCAUAGACAUCGAUGGCAACGGCAAGUUCCCUCCCGCCCAUGUCAAAUGCGAGUUCCAGAUCGAAGCCGAUUCUUCUACCACUGUUGUUGAACAUAAUCUGCCUAGUCAAGUCGAUGUUCGCUCCGCAUCAGGCAAUGACUUCAGCUUCAACAUCAAGUACAGGGAGUUCACAGCAGAAAUGCUACAGGAGCUAAUCUCCCACUCGUUGUACUGUCGGCAGUACAUCAAGUAUGACUGUAUGAAGGCGCCUUUGGAGUUGCACAGCGCUACCUGGUUCAUUUCGUCGUCUAAUAACACUGUGGAUUUCUUGGGGAAUGUGAAAAGAGGCUACUGCCCAUGUGGUGUCAACGCAACUUGCGUCAACGCCACCAAGUCUUGCAACUGUGACUCAAACGAGGAUGGCAAAUGGCACAGCGAUGAAGGCACCUUUGUAGAACCCACCAGCUUGGGCAUUACUGACAUGUUCUUCUUACAGCAGAAGGAUUUGCCGGAAGACGCUCAAGGAAGAAUUACUUUAGGACCCCUUGAGUGUGUUGAGACAAAUACCCAGCGCUAUGUAGUAACAUUCACGACAUCACAGUCCUACAUCGAAGUGCCCGGCUGGAGGAAGGGAGAUAUCGCCUUCAGUUUCAGAACUACUGGCACCAGCGCCAUAUUGCUGUUCCAACCUCCGAUCAGACCUAACUACCCAUCUUUUAUGGUUGCCUUGACUAGUGAACAUGAGCUAACCUUCAACUUUACCCUCAACACUGGUACUACCAGAAAGCUGGUGAUUAACUCCAAACGUAAGCUGAACGGAGGCGAAUGGCACAAGAUAUGGAUCGAUUACAACUUCUACCAUGUCCGGUUCAUGCUUAAUACUGAGUAUCAGAUGCUGAAUCUGUUGUUGGAAGAAGAAUUUGGACCUUUUGAGGGUUCUAUGUUUAUUGGCGGGGCUACUGCAGAACAUCUAAAAAAAUCUGCCGUCAACCAAGGACUGAUCGGGUGCUUCCGAGGCUUAGUCGUUAACGGUGAAAUUCUGGACAUCUACAGCUACAUGUCGGUCCAUCUGUCAGAGAUUAUCAAAGACUGUAAGCCGUCGUGUGUGCCUAAUCCUUGUCAGAACAAAGCUAUUUGUAAAGAGCUUUGGUCGAGCUAUGAGUGUAUCUGUAAGAAUCCGUGGGCACAUUUGGGCACACAUUGUGAAGAAAACAUAAACGAAAAAGCUCUAACAUUCCAAACAAAAGAAGCUUACUUAAAGAAGAACUAUCUAGUAGACAACGCAACAGAUGCAGAAAAACAUCGAUUGAAGAAAAUGAUGACAGAAAACGUACUGAUGAACCUAAGAACUUACGAUGAUAAUGCUUUAGUUCUAUAUGCAAACGACAAUCUAAAUAAUUUCAUACAUCUCUUCAUACAUAACGGAACAGAAAUAAUCUACCUAUUCAAUGAUGAAAAUGAAAUCAUACAAAUGAAUGUAACUUAUGCUAAAAUCAAUCAAGGAGAAAGUGUUCAGAUCGCUAUCAUUAGAACUGAGAAUUCAACAACUUUGCAUGUUAAUGAAAAUAAUGCCACUAUUGAUAGGACUGCUAAACUGUUGAGUAAAUAUACUAAUAAGCCUUGGAGUAAUCCUGAAAUGGAGGUGAUCCUCCCACAAAGGCCGCCCGCCCCUCCCAUGGACUACUUCCAGAUGAACCUGGGCGGGUUCGACCGCUACUCUCUGAACCUUGCACCCCGCGCCACACAGCUGCCGCAGGGCGGAUACGUCGGCUGUGUCAGAGGGUUCAAGAUCGCUGACCAUGUCGUCGACCUAUCUAGGAAGGCUUUGCAGAAUAUUGAUCAAGACCUCACAGGGGUCCUACCAGAAUGCAACAUGAAGUGUGAUUCCGAACCGUGUAAGAACGGUGGCAUUUGUACCGAAGACUUUACCAACCAAGAGAGUAGUUGUGAUUGUGAGCUCACCAGCUAUUUUGGCGAAUAUUGUGUCGAGGAAAAGGGGGCGGAUUUCAAUGGAGAGAGCAUUUUGCAAAGGAAGUUUCUUCUAUCUGGACCUGUUUUCAAGGUCAAAAUAAAAUUAGCAUUUUCGAGCAAUGAUCUGCGCCAGAAGAAUACAGUUCUGUUAUUGGUUCAAACAGAAAAUAAGCGCAGUUACUACUUGUUAGUAGCAAUAACUCAGGACGGUUACUUGAAGUUUGAAGAAAAUCGAGAAGAAGAAGCGUACGGUGCUGAAGUGAAAAACAGAAACUUCCUAAACGGUGCCCGCCACACAAUAUACUACACUCGAACCAAUCAAGAAGCAAAACUCCUAAUAGACAGAAUAGAAGUUCCUCUAGAAAAGGUUCCUCCACAAAUCGUAUGGGAUGUCUUCGAUCAGGGGUCCAAUGAGGUCCAAGUCGGAGGCCUUAACACCACGGACCCCAGACUUAAGAUCUAUAAGGGGUAUAACGGAUGUUUGUCCAAUAUCCUAGUAGAAAUAAACGAAUACGAGAUGAAGCCUCUAGAGGAGUACAUGUUGUUCACUCGGCUGAACUCUGCGGAAGUGAACGCGGUCAAUGCUCAGGGCGUCAGAUCUGCUCAAUGUUCCGCUGACUUCGAUGAAGCUUGGCCUGAUCAGACCCAGUUAGCGGCGGCACAUAAUGGCAGCUUUCUUAUUAGUGUAGACAAGACCUGGGUGGAAGACCCGCCGUCCCGCAACCCGUACGACUCGCUCUACCAACAACCAGAUACCGAAGAGGAUAAUACUGAUAACUUCUUCAUAGCCCUCAUCUGUGUAUUCCUAUUGGGGCUAUGUUACUGCGGGUAUCAUAUGUGGAGAACACACAAAGCUUACAAGCUAAGCUUGGAGAAACAGACAGAUGAAAACAUAAUGCGGAGUAAGGAGCAUGCGACUAAACUACAGGAACCAACCAUAUCAUUCUUACAGUUGAACAAAGACCCGUUAUCUGAUGAACCAAUUGCGGAUGGUGAGAAAAAACCCAAUGGAGUUACUAUUGAUACAGUUCCAGUCGUUAUAGUUGAGAUACCAAGCGAAGGUAGUAUUAGCAGGAAAGGCAGUUUGCGGUAUCGAGAUAUGCUGGAAAAAGAGAAGGUUUGGGAAACGCUUGAGGAAAAAGACGAGAUUCUAAUGUCAGAAAGUGACACUGACGAUGAUAAAAACCAAGUGAAUGGCGAUGAUCGUGAGGCCAACUGUGGAGAUCCUGACACUGAUGAAGAGACUACCACGUCUUCUGAUGAAGAGAAUAAUACUCUCCCAGAGCAUCAUGUGAAUGGUCGAAAGGACUCCAACAAGGAAGGGCCUCCCACACAAACCAAUUUGACGACGCAGCUUCCCUAUAAGAUAGAUGAAGACGACACUAGCGAGCUUCUUACAUCUUCUGCUUAGAAUCUAUCAAAUAAAUGUUUUGUAUCGA